AGCUCGAGUACGUAGCUAGAGCAAGCCAGCUACGUAAGCGCGCGUCGCGUCGCGUCGCGCGCCAUGGUGUUCGGCGCGGGCGCCGGCGGCGGCGGGAGACCGUGGCCGCGGCUGGGGAAGAUGCCGGCGGCGGCGCUGUUCGCGAAGCAGGUGGUGACGGGGCGGUGGUUCAUGAUGCUCGCGUGCAUGGUGAUCAUGUCGGCGUCGGGCGGCACCAACAUCUUCAGCAUCUACUCCGGCGCGCUCAAGUCGUCGCUGGGCUACGACCAACGGACGCUCAACACGCUCUCCUUCUUCAAGGAGCUCGGCGCCAACGCCGGCAUCGUCUCCGGCCUCGUCGCCGAGGUGGCGCCGCCGUCGGCCGUGCUCGCCGUGGGCGCCUGCAUGAGCCUCGCGGGCUACCUCGUCGUCUACCUCGCCGUCGCCGGCCGCGUCGCGCGCCCGCCGCUCUGGCUCAUGUGCGCCUGCAUCUCCGCCGGCGCCGACUCGCAGGCCUUCGCCAACACCGGCGCGCUCGUCACCUGCGUCAAGAGCUUCCCGGAGAGCCGCGGCGUCGUCGUCGGCCUCCUCAAGGGGUUCGCCGGGCUCAGCGGCGCCGUCCUCCCGCAGCUCUACCUCGCCAUCUACGGCGGCGGCCACGACGCCGGGUCGCUGAUACUGCUCAUCGCCUGGCUCCCCGCCGCCAUCUCCCUCGUGUUCCUCCGCGUCGUCCGCGUCAUGCCGCACCGGCCGACGAACGGCCGCGUCGGCGGCGGAGGCAGCAAUGGCCCCAUCUUCUCCUUCCUCUACAUCUCCUUCGCCGUCGCCUCCUACCUCCUCGUCAUGAUCGUGCUCCAGAAAACCAUCAGCUUCUCGCACGCCGCCUACGCCGCGACGGCCAUCGUGCUCCUCCUCAUCCUCCUCCUCCUCCCCCUCGCGGUCGUCAUCAGACAGGAGCUCAGAAGCCGGAGGGAGGCCGAUGUCCAAGAAACUCUCCCCGCGGCGGCGCCGCCGCCUCAGCCCGUCGUCGAGACACCACCACCACCACCGGCGACGACAUGCGGCGUCGGCUCGUGCCUGAAGCGAACGUUCAACCCGCCGGCGCACGGGGAGGACUACACGAUCCCGCAGGCGGCGUUGAGCGUGGACAUGGUUGUGCUGUUCGUGUGCGUCAUCUGCGGCGCCGGCGGCUCGCUGACGGCGAUCGACAACAUGGGGCAGAUCAGCCAGUCGCUGGGUUACCCGGCGAGGAGCGUGAACACCUUCGCCUCGCUCAUCAACAUCUGGAUGUACGCCGGCCGCGCCGGCGUCGGCUCGCUCUCGGAGCUCCUCCUGUCGCGCUACAGGUUUCCGCGGCCGCUGAUGCUCACGCUGGUGCUCGUCGUCUCCAGCGCCGGCUACCUCCUCAUCGCGCUCGGCGUGCCGCACGGCCUGUACGCGGCGUCCGUCGUCGUCGGCUUCAGCUUCGGCGGGCUGUACACGCUGCUCUUCUCCAUCGUCUCCGAGGUGUUCGGGCUCAAGUACUACGCCACGCUCUACAACCUGGGCAUGGUGGCGAGCCCCAUCGGCGCGUACAUAUUCAACGUGCGCGUCGCCGGCGCGCUGUACGACGCCGAGGCGGCGAGGCAGAACGGCGGCGGCGGCGCCGCCGGACACAGGGCGUGCGCCGGCGUGCGGUGCUUCAGGGCGUCGUUCCUGAUCGUGACGGCGGCGACGUUCUUCGCCGUGAUCGUGUCGCUGGUGCUGGUGUGGAGGACGAGGGGGUUCUACAGGGGGGACAUCUACGCGAGGUUCAAGGCGGCGGCGCCGGCGCCGGCGGUGGAAGGGCACCGCGGCGAGGUGACGCCGGAGGAGGCGUCGGGGACGAAGCUACAUGGUUCGACUUAAGUAUUAUCGUGUGACGAGCUUGCUGUCUCUGCUUUAACUUGGCGUGCGUGUUCUUCUAGUCUCCAACAAAAAAUUGUGUCAUUUAAGUUCAAUGCAUUUCCAUAUCAGUGAACUACAUACGUUUUUAAUUGAAAAAAACUCAAAUUAAUGUGUCAUUAUUUCUUGCAUUGCUAGGAUUGUUCAUAAAGGCCACGAUUUGGGCGAAUUGGGAAUGGCUUAUCAAUAUUUGAUCUCUCUUAUUCCGUCGAGUCAAACUUAUUGAUAUUUGACCAUUAGUUACAUGUGAAUUAUAUCAAAAUUUCUUAUAGUGAAUCUAAUAAUGUAAAUCUUAUGAGAUGUUGAUAGUGCAGUGGUAAGGGGUAUGUGGUAUGUGGUUUCAAUCCUGAUGUGUCGUGUUCAAUCUCUAACAUGCUCAUAAUUUCUUCUUUAAAAUAUUUAGAGGGACGUCUCUCCCUCCAAAUCUCCUUUUUUUUUAAUAAUGUAAAUCUUAUAAAGAUAAACUAUAUGCCAAAGAUUAAAAUGUUUGACUUAGGAGAAAUUUAUAACGAUAAGUAAUUCAAAAUGGAAGGAA